AUGCCCAUUGCAGAGCUUUUGGGAGUCCAGCUCGACAUGCAGCUGCUGUUGAAACUGGGUCUCUCUGUGGCCGCAGUGCUGCUGGUUUCUUGGGCCUACAGGUUCUACAGCUCCAGGGACGAGAAGAAAAUUCAGAUCUCUGUGUAUGACGACAAAGAGCCAGAAAAUGCAACCUGCAAAAACUGCAAGACGACACUACGAUGUCGAAGCUCACCAAAACAUGGCACCGAUGAUGGGGGCAAGCGACCCAGACCCUUGCACAUAGACUCAGCCAAUAAUGACCUGACAUCUGACAGCAACAAGGAAACGCCCGCAGAAGCUUGUCCACACCAAGCUAAAAAGACAACAGAGAGUGGGAUGGCCAGUACAACGGGGCGCCGCUCCCCUUGCUUUUUGCAGAAGCUGGAGGGCAGUGUGGGUGUGGGCAGGGAGUUAAGGCAGAACUUGGAGCGUCAGGGAGCCUACUCCAGCUUCCUCUCCAAGGCAGAGAUCAAAGUGGAGGAUGCUAACGUGGUGCUGGAAGGAACAGGAGACCAGAUUGUGCACGGAAAGAUAUAUGAUUAUUAUGUUGAGUCUUCCUCUCAUUCUAUUACAGACUCAAAUACUGUGCUGGGUCAUUUUGAGAGGAACUCUGAUUCACAGCCAGUGGAGUAUAAAAGUCGUGGCAGCGGCCUCACAGAAUCUCCUUCCUCUGUGAGCCCCAUCAUUAUACGUGAUCUUGUUUUACCACAAAGCACUGUUGAGGAUCCCUCGUCGCUCAGAUGCCUUAAGCUGAGGCACCCUGCUAGGCCUGUACUCCUACGCAAGGAGAGCUAUCUGUCUGCAGCUGAGCAGUCUGACUUUCCCAUUCCCUUUCUAACAUCAAGAGUCUCAACUCCAAUGACUCACUCUCUGGCAUCAACCAGCAAUGAGUCCAUCUCUGUUCACCCUAUGAUCUGUGUCUCUACAGACAGCAAGGGCCUUAAUGUAAGGGAGGGGGCAGAUCUAGAGACAGUAGCAGGGGCACCAUUUUUACACCUUCCAGCAAAAACUCUUGAGGGCACAGAUUUGGAAAGCUUGAAGAGUAAACUUGAUCUGGGUAACUGUUUGGAGAUGCUUUGCCUGGCCAAGAAACAUGGCCAGGCCUCUAUGCAGCAAGCAGCCCUGCGAGUCAUGUCGGACAACUACCUCCAGGUGCUCAGGGACCCCAACAUUUAUGGUAGGCUAAUGGCUGGUGAGCGGGAACAAAUCCAGAAGCAGAGAAUGAGAGGGAGAAGGUUUGUCAUGGUGGCAGAUAUGGACCCUCUAGACUGGGCAAGGAACACAGGACAGCAGAUAGCAGAGACAAAGCAGACGAGGACAUCCAGUGCAGUGUACUAUUAUGAUGACAACAAAGACGCCUGGCAUACACUCUGCCUGUUCCCACAGGAGGUCAUCUCUAAAGCCUGUGCCAUGUGCACAAUGGAUAACUACUUAUUUGUGGCAGUGGGCUGCCAAGACACAGACAGAGAAAUGACACCCUCAAAGCGAGUGUUUUGCUACAAUCCUUUGACAUCCAUUUGGAAGGAGAUCAGUCCUAUGAAUGAAGCCAGGCCCCGCUGCAAACUGGCAGCUCUGGAGGGCUACAUCUAUGCCAUCGGAGGGGAGUGCCUCUCAUCAGUGGAGCGCUACGACCCACGAUUGGACAGAUGGACAUUUGUGGCUCCACUGCCUAAUGAUACAUUUGCUGUGGCACAUCACGUCACAGUGUGCAAUGGAGAGCUUUUUGUUUCUGGGGGAACUCUUAGAUAUAUGCUACUGCGCUACAGCCCCAAAACCAACACCUGGAGGUCAAGUGUGUUAGUAGGCAGCAAAGACAGAACUGUAGAUAUGGUAGCUGUGGGAAGAUUUUUGUAUCGGUUUGAUGUUAAUCCACUUCUGGGUGUCAGUGUAUACCGUUACCAUACAGUGGCUCGACUGUGGUACGAGUGCAGCUCCAAACGGCUUCAGCACUGCUCUGCCUUCCAGUGUGUCACAAUGGAUGACAAAAUCUACUGUGUCAGCCGCCAGUUCACCAUGAGGCUUGAGGCUGAUGAGAUCUCUCCUGCUUUCAUAGAUGAGAAUUUGAGUGUCCUCUCUGCAGCAAAGGGCAUACUUUUCCCCUUUGUCCUUUCACUCCCUGAAAAGAAGCCUCAGCAGACCAGUGUGUAA